AUGUACGCUGCACGCGCCGCUAAGCCUAAGCUCUCUUUGAGCAUCGCUGCUGCCUCGACCAGCAACACAUCACGUCCUGUUCUAUCCCUCAAAUCUCCCGUUGCCAUGACUAUGACCAUGUCUCCUCGGACACCACUAUCGCCUUCUCCUCUGAGCCCAACUGCUCGCAACACAAAGCUCAACCAACGAGGUUUCUCCACCAUGCAACAUCAAGCUCCUUUUGCAUAUGCCAACUCUGCCUCUUCGAAAAGCAUCCUCAAGAAGAAUAGCUCCUGCUCCAGCUCCUGCUCCAGCUCUCCAGGGAGCGGCGCCUCUUCUAAGCGAAUCCAGUUCAAUUGCGAACCCACCAUCCACUGUGUGACCCCUAUUGAGAACACAGAUGACUACUAUGGUGGCUACGUGAAGAUCACGACCCCGUCGUAUCCCUCUGUUUCCGUUCCUCCUCUUGGAAAAUUGGGGGUGGGGUCUCUUUUCCACUCACUCAAUUCUCCUUUCUGUCUGAGUGUGGUGGACAUGCGAGCUUUGUCCCUGGAUAAGUUGUAUGCUCGGACUCGCUACCCCUCUUUCACGCGCCAGGGGCCACUCGUUCAAUUGAAACCCAUGAAACCAUACACCACGGGAAUUCGAUGCUUCACCCACCGCGAGCGAUCAGCAGCUUCAGGAGAAUAG